CAUACACCUUACGGUCUACAUGGGAUAAACCUGUAACCUCCACCGGAAUGAAUGGUACGCUAUUUCAUAUCGCUGAUGUUUCAUUACAAUAUUCUCCUGAAUUUGAAUGUGUUUAGAAACUUGCCAAAUUGACAUCUAAUUUUGAUUCAAUUUUGGGCUAUGACGCUUCUAUCGGUGUUCCACUCCGGACAACUCAUCGACAGACAGUCACAGGACAAGAUAAAAGGGGCAUUUUGUAAGAAGGGAUCCUGUCAAUCAUAAUCUUUUGGAUUUUCCUCCACUAAUUUACCGCGCAAGAUGGAUGCCAGCGACGGGCUAUCAGAACACCACAUGAAUAAGUAUUCACCCAUUUGAACGCCACCUUAAAAGUGGGAAUAAAGAGGGGGACACGUCGAGACGGGGCUGCGGUCGGGAAAGGGAAUGAAGAAGCUCUCGGCAGGUGGAGGAGCGUCACUCUGCUGUCUGCUGCUUCUGUGGGUCAUCCACUCCCAUCGCCUGAGAGAGGGCCAGUUGGCUGUGGGCACCUGUGAGAUUGUGAUGCUCAACAGGGACAGCAGCGUGCCCAGAUGCACCAUCGCCCGUCAGACUGCCCGCUGUGCCUGCAGGAGAGGCCAGAUCGCUGGCACCACGAAGGCCAGGCCAGCCUGCGUCGACGUGCGUAUCGUAAGGAGUAGACAGUGGUGUGAGAUGGCACCCUGCUUGGAGGGAGAGAUGUGUGGCCUCCUCUUCAACCGCUCUGGUUGGACCUGUACCAAAGGUAGUGGCCACAUCAAGACAGUCACGCCUUUGCCUAAGGAACCAUCGUAAGGAGUUUAGAACACAGUGGGUAGGUUUUUUUUGUGCCAAUCAUGGCAGAAGGGGAACAGAGGGCAAUCACCAGGCAAACACAUUUUGUGUCGAUUCGCCAAUUUUUUUCUCAAACCACUACACACCCCCACUCCAAAAAUCAGAGGAGCCCUACUAUGUGACAGUGCACAGAUGUCCGUACUCAUCAAUGAAAGCAACACACCACAGCAUCAUCACCGGGACCCACAUGCCACGUCACAGACUGAAAUACAAAACCUACUGUAUAUAGCCUGGGUUGUUUCCGCACGGCAAGCAGGAUAUCAUUGGGAGUCUAUGCAUGUGUGAGGAACCAAUCAUUUUUCUACCUGUCCCUAUGGAAAAAAAUCUGAAAGCGUGUGUGUGUGUGUGUGUGUGUGUGUGUGUGUGUGUGUGUGUGUGUGUGUGUGUGUGUGUGUGUGUGUGUGUGUGUGUGUGUGUGUGUGUGUGUGUGUGUGUGUGUGUGUGUGUGUGUGUGUGUGUGUGUGUGUGUGUGCGUGCACCUCGUGAUAUACAAUGGGAACAAGUUGACAUAAUCUUGUUCUUAAGUGUGACACAUCCAGUAUUGUACUUCUGUCAAGAACUUUGUCACUUUAACUGAAGCUCACAUUCGUGUAAACUUGUAUAAAUCAUGUUUCAGGGGAUAAUCAUGGAUUUAAAGCAUCAUUAUAACAGAAGCAUAUCUUUUCAAUACAUAAAUAGAAAUAGAAAGAUGUAUGUCACACAAGUUAAAAACAGUAAGUAUGUCUGUCAAUGUGUAGUAUCUAUUCAUUAUUUCAAAGUUAUGGUUUUGAAUUGCCUACGUUUUAAUAUGAAGCACAUUGCAAGUGGCAUACGUCCAUACGACAUCAAAGUGCUGUUGUUUAUAUUGGAUAUAAUGUGUACAUUCACUGUAUAUCCUGUUCCGUGAACAUUAUCAACUUUAAUUGAUGUUACAAGAAUAUAAGAGAGCAUCACAGAAAGAGUGAGAUCAUAAGGAUAUUGUAAACAUAUCACCUGAAAUGUAGUUAUUUUCCUUCCAAACACAUGAGGAUAAAAAGACAGCCUCUCAUCCCUGGGGCUAAUGUGUGUGUGUGUGUUUGUGUGUGUAUUUGUGAAUGUAGUCAUGUGUGCUUGAUGCUUGAUUCACAGUGACAACGUUUACAUGUGCACAGUAUUCCAGAUAGUAGCUCAUAUCCCAGUUUAGGUCUUAUUCAGGAUAAGAUGUUUACAUGCACCUUUGAUAUUCCACUCACGAGUAUCCCUUUAUCCAUGAAUAAACUAAAUAUUCAGAAUUUGCCCGUGGAUGGCGGAAUGAUUUUUUUGACAGGGGCUGCGGGAUUUUUUGUUGUUGCC